AUGCUCGCAGCUUUGGACGCUCCUGAAGGAUACGUUUUCGAGGAAGUACGCAAAGUUGCUUUGAGAUUAGAGCGAACGCGGAAACCCGUCCAACUGGAAAGGCGAAGGCCCUGGAAUUCGAUGCAAGGCCUGAGAACCAAGAGAGAGCAGUACCGUGCGGGCAGCACGGCCACUCUCAUCGUGAGUGCAGCCAGCAGAACAAACCCUCAUCCUCGAGAUCCAGUCAGAAAAAGGACUCAGCACGUUCUAAAAGAGGGUUUCCAUCCAGUGGGUCACAACAACCGCCCAUCCCUCUCGACACAUCUGAAGUCAUGGUGUCACGGAGUCCGAAAAAGUGCACCCACCAGGACAGAGGCCUAUGGCGAGCCGUGUUACUGCGAUAUUGAAGUGUUCGGUCUGAACACGAAAGCACUCAUAGACACGGGCUCAGUCAUAUCUAUCAUACCCGUAGGUCUUCUGCAACUCGCUCACAACUUAGGGGCUGACAUAGACCAGACGGGGACCAUUCUAGGAGAUGCCGACAAGGACGAAGUGCUCGAUGCGUCAGGAAAUCCGAUGACGUUCCUCAAGAGGAUCGCAGUCGACAUUAAGGUCAAAGGCGCUAAAAAAGCCAAUGUCCAAUUACACGUUCAGCAAGCAAGCGAUACCCUUAUUCUUCUCGGCACCAACGCCAUGGAGGCGUUAGGCAUCGGGGUAAGCUUGACACCUGAGACGGAUACCGAUACAGAAGACGUUCUCGAGCUUCAAAGAGAAGACUGCAACUCAGAGCAGGUCUUCUGGUCCAAUAGCAACAAAAUAGCAUCAGGAGUAUGCCGCAUAUCUCAUGGACAUGGUAUCAUACCUGUCGUGAACAAAGGUGAGGAGCCAUGGGUAAUUCCGAAAGGAAAAGUGCUAGGAGAAUGGUCAAAUGACCUCUGGUACGACCCGAAUACGGCUGAGAUACCUGGCGAUGUACUCGAAAAGGCAACAGAAGUACCCGAAAAGGGGAAAGCCUCGGAGGUAAUUCAAGUUCUCGAGAGCAACAAGCGCACAGGAAUCGCCAAUCCUAAAGAAGAUGAGCCGCCGACACACGACGAAAACGAGAAAGUCGUUUGCUCUGUGAGACCUACCUGCUGGUUGGAUGAACUCAGGCAAGAUAAAGACUGGAACCCCAUAAUUGAAGCCGUCGAGAAAGGGAUCGAUAUGGAAGUUCGACUUCCCCGGCACGAUCGCAAACUUAGCUCAAAGGAUUUCCGGAUGGCUCAAGACCACUUGAAGCUUAUCCUGGAAGACGGCUCGUCAGCAUUAGUAGUUCCUGAGAGCCGAAGUCGUCAGAUUUUUGAUGCCAACCGCAGCGGAACGUUGAAGCUGGCGCGAGAGUGUUCGCUGAGAAAUACCGCGUUUAAUGGAAACUCCUAUGACAAGCAAUGGAAGAGAGGAAAGUCGCAAACAUUCCAAACGGGAGACAGAGUGUAUAUGAAAAUACCGGCAGAAAAGGGCAAAGCAUCUCAUCCUAAGUUGACCUAUGAUUGGACAGGACCCUAUCGUGUACUUGAGGCAAGUCGGAACUCAGCUCUGAUCACUCUGAUAGGAGAUAACGAGGAGCCAUUGAGAAUUCCGUUUGAUCACCUCGUCAAAGUACCGCCGGAAAUUGACGACACCCCCGUUAAAGGUCUCACUAAAAGAGGGCGUAGAGGGCGACCUAAAAAGAGAGUACCUGUAGCGACAGAGUCUGCACCUCGCUUGACAGCAGGACACGAUUCACUCACAGUUCGUAAAUGCAAUCCGAUCGCCGGUCCGACAAGAACGAUCCUGCCACAGUCGAUUUCCAGUGUCCUUAGACUUACGUGCACCACAACCAGCUAUUUGCCGUGCUUGUUCCGGCGCCCGUGGUCGACAAUCCUACCGAAUGCGCCAGUGCCAGAAUGGGCACCGACCACGCCCUACGAGCUAGGACGAGCUCUCACGAUUGCGAUGCAGACUCAUACACCAGACGCCGUCAAGCGUGAUCUAUUACUUGAUGAUUCUUAUCACACAUUGUCACCAAGCGCUUUAGCUAUUGCAUACGCGUAUUUCAGGGGGGCAUGCAUGCACAUUAGUCGCACGGUUCAUUCGCGCAGAUCGAAAGAGCAGAGGCACACCCACCCCGAAUUGGUGACCAAUCGUUUGAUGUCAAUCGUAUCCCGUGGACCGUUGAAAGAUGGUCAAGGAUACGAUGCAAAAACACCGUUGUCAUCCUCCCGGCUGGCUUCCGCAAUCAUGUACUGGAUUUACGACGGACUGGCAACACGCUUACGCAUACAAAAGCCCGCGCGACAUCAUCAGUCGACAACGGUUUCAGUACGAAACGUCCGCCAUUGUCUUAUUCUCCCCAACGAUAGGACCAUACCGUUGCUCGAUAUCAUGCAGUGUGUGGCCAUGGGAGCUGACUUGUUUUUGAUCGCUGGGCCUCAGGAUGACUACGAACUGGAAGCGGGCGAGGAUUUUCUUCGCGACGUCGCAGAUGAGCUUAUCCGCCAGCGACCAGCCUUGAAGCGCCGCAUCAUCAAUUUGCUCCCAACAAAGGCGGACGAGGGGAACAGAGCCCCACAUCGUAUAUUAGGAGUGCGACGGACCAUACCGUCCUAUACGCCCGCGCAGGCCAAGAGAUUCCUGAACGAGACCGUCAUCUGCUAUGGAAUCCACCUUCGCCUGCACCCAUACAGGAGAACGGUCCGAAGUCGAAGCACUCGCUAA